AUGACUAAAAUCAUUUGUAGGCCAGGAAAAGAACUUCCACAUAAAAACUCUAAACAUCUGAAACUUGGUGUCCCGCUUAGAGGACGAGAUACAUUACUGCAACGAAUGACUUUCUAUAAGAUUGCAUCUUUCUCUGAAGGAUGGGUUUUUAUCUCUGCUAAUGUUUCAGGAGAAGCAUUGGUUGAGUUACUAAGGGCUCUAAAUGAUUCCAGUAAUCGAAUUAAAGAUUGGAAUGACUUUUUGGUGAGCCCUUGUGUUAGUUGGUCUCAUGUUACUUGCAGAAACGGAAAUGUCAUAUCCUUGAGCCUAGCUUCGAUUGGAUUUUCAGGAACUCUUUCAUCGUCAAUUACCAAACUAAAGUAUUUGGUUAGCUUGGACUUGCAAAAUAAUAAUCUAUCUGGUGUUGUACCUGAUUAUCUGGGCAGCUUGUUACACCUGCAAAAUCUCAACAUCGCACACAAUAAAUUUAAUGGCACUAUACCAACCACUUGGGGUCAACUUUCAAACCUGAAGCAUUUGGUGAUGAAAGGAAACAAAUUAAGUGGAACGAUUCCUGAUUCACUUGCAAAUAUUACAGGAUUAAGUGAACUGGAUCUGUCAUCCAACAAUUUGACUGGGAAAAUACCGACAAAAUUGUUCUCGAUACCCCUAUUCAAUUUUACAGGAACUCAUCUUACUUGUGGCACCAGCUUGCAGGAACCUUGCAUUCCAAAUUCCUCAAUUCCAGUUUCAAGCAGAAAAUCGAAACUUGAAGUUAUUGUGACUGGUGCAAGCUGUAGUGCCUUCAUUCUUCUGAUGCUUGGGGCUGUCUUUGCAUAUCGUUUCUGCAAAGUGCAUAGAUGCAAACAUGAUCAAUUUUUUGAUGUGGCAGUGUGA